AAUAGGUCCAGAUGACCGAAUAACAACCCAUUAUUCCCAGUUAAACCUGACGUGGACCGGUGCAUAUGUUAAAUGUCGAUUGUUUUCCAUGUAAGGACGCGAUGGCAACUUAAUAGAAGGUGCGAAAAGCUAAUGUUCGUUCACCAUCGUACAAUUUGAAAUUAGGGUUCUUCACCAUGCUUUUGAAGCUAUCUCCCCCGUCGGAUCAUCUGCGAGAAAGUCCAAAGAUUAUAUUUCUGGUUGUGGAGAAGGAGACCAUAGGCAUCUAGAAGUUCAGAUUUUCUGGAUUUGAACAGAGCGAAAGUAAAGACCGACCAUCUUCACGAAGCUCAGAAUGUAUGAAGUAGCAGAUUUGAAAAUACAUCAUGGAGGAAAUUUCAAAAAAACACCAGAACUUUCUUAUGUGAAUGGUGAAGUGGGUACUAUUACGUUGGACCCGGAUAUGAUUUCAUUUCCUCAUCUCAUGAAGUUUAUCACUGAGAAUUCUUAUAAAAAGGUGGAAUCUUUAUCCUUCAAAUUACCUGAUGAGAACUUCAACAAGUUAAGAACAUUAUGGAAUGAUGCUUCAACCUUAGAGCUAAUACAUUUAGCCAUGAACUGGGGCACAAUUCAUAUUUUUGUGGAACAUGGCAUAGAUGAGCCUGAUCUUAUUUCAGUCUUACCUUCGCCUUCAACUGAAGAAGUGAACAGAGAUGUGCUGGGUGAAACAGGGGAAACACCAAUAGUGCAAAAAGAAAAUGGAGGCGUGGACAGAGAUAGAAGUCAGUUUGGGGGAGAACUAAAUGAUGCUGAGAUGGGUUGGGUAAAGAACAACACAAAUAGGCCAGAUUUGGACAGUCAGCUUACGGAUGAUGACUCUGAUUGCAGCGUUUAUAAUGACUCUGAUGACCCCCCUAGUUCUGUCGCAGACUCUCAAGAAGAAGACUACGUUUCUGAGGAGCAGCCCAGACGGAAGAAGACAUUGAAGAAGCCAUGUUAUAAUCCUAAAGCUGAAUCAAAAAAGCUGGAAGUGGGGAUGUGGAAGUGGGGAUGUUAUUUGAUGAUGGGAAUCAGUUUAAGAGUGCCUUGAUCAAUUAUGCAGUGCAAAAAAAAAAGGAUAUAAGGUGGAUUAAGAAUGAGCCUCUUAGAAUUCAAGCCGGAUGUUCGGCUAAUUGUCCUUUUAAGUGCACAGCUUCAUGGUCUAGCACGUACAAAUGUGUCCAACUUAAGACUUGGGAUGCUACACACCAAUGUAAUGACAAAUUUAAAUUGAAGAUAGUUAGUCAAACUUGGCUAGAAGAGAAAUAUGAGGAUAAAAUCAGGGAUAAUCCUGAAAUUCGUAAAGUUGAGCUGCAGAAACACAUCCGGAAUGACUUAAAUAUACAUGUCAACGUUUCUAAGGUGAAGAGGGUGAUAGUUAGAGUGUUGAAAAAGGUCAAUGCAUCAUUCGGGGAACAAUUUCGAAGAGUGAGAGACUAUGCACAAGAGUGUAUGCGCUCAAAUCCUGGUAGCACUGUCAUUGUGAAGACAAAUAGGAUUGUUGAAGAUGGUCCUGAAGUGUUUCAGAGGAUGUAUGUUUGUUUUGGCGCUCUUAAGAGAGGUUUCUUAGCAGGUUGUCGAAAUAUCAUAGGUCUAGAUGGAAGUUUUCUAAAAGGGAUGCUUAAAGGUGAACUACUAAGUGCAGUGGGUAGAGAUGGAAACAAUGAGAUGUACCCGAUAGCAUGGGCCGUGGUGGAAAUAGAGAACACCGAUUCGUGGAGAUGGUUUCUAGAUUUACUAAAACAUGAUCUCCAGAUCGACAACACGUACCAUUGGACUUUCAUGAGUGAUCAACAGAAGGUUUUAAUUCAUUCUCAUUUCAUUUAGUCAAGCCAUUCUGCCCUUAACUGUUUUAAUUGUUAACUAACAUCAUUCAAUUUUGUAGGGACUGAUGACUGCAAUAAAGGAGUUAUUCCCUAAUUCCGAGCAGAGAAACUGUUGCAUGCAUAUACAUGCCAAUUGGAGUAAGAAGCAUAAAGGUCAUGUCAUGAAGAUGCACUUUUGGAAUUGUGCAAGAUGCACCACAGAAGCACAAUUGAAAGAACAACUUCAUGCGCUUGGAAAAAUUAAUUCUGAAGCAAAGGCGGAUUUAGAAGGGUUUGACAACCAUCAAUGGUGUAAAGCUUUUUUUAGGACAGAUGUGAAGUGUGAUAUUGUGCACAAUAACUUAUCUGAGGCAUUUAAUAACACAAUUGUCAAAGCUCGCUCCAAGCCAAUCAUCCCGAUGCUAGAAGCCAUCCGAUUAGCUACAAUGAAGAGGAUAGCAAAAAAAGUUGGCUUUGGUAGUAAGUGGGUUGGUAACCAUGGGCCUCGGAUCAUGAAGAAGUUAAAUUCAAAUAUUACCCAAAGUAUGGGUUGGAAGGUUGUGUUUAAUGGUGAUGAUGGUUACGAGGUGAAACGGGGAAGGCAUCAGUACAAAGUUAGACUUGAAGGAAGAAUUUGCUCAUGUAGAGCAUGGGAGUUAAGUGGAAUUCCAUGUCCACACGCAAUCUGUGCUAUCUUUGAUAGGGGUGGGGACUCCGAAGAGUAUAUUCAUGAGUGCUACUCCAAGGCUGUCUACACCACUGUUUAUUCUCACCAUCUCGAGCCUAUGAAUGGGGAGUUGCUUUGGGAAAACACACAACUUAAUGAUAUUGCACCCCCAGUACCAAAAAAAAUGUCAGGUAGACCCAAGAAGAAAAGAAAUCGUGAAGCCAAUGAAGUGCCUGCAGCUGUGAAUGCUAGAACAACUCUUUCCAGAAAAGGAAGAGUGAUGACAUGUUCAAAUUGUAAGGUGGCGGGCCAUAAUAAAGCCAAAUGUCCAAAUCAAACCACAGAUUCCCAACCUAAACAAAGGAAGAGAAGAGAAGAGAGAAAAGAAAAACCAAGGAAAAGAAAGAAUCUGACUGGAACUGGAGAACUGGCCGGUGAUUCCAAUGAACAACCCCUACAAGGAAGAGGUGUGCAGGCCAGUGAUUCCAAUGAACAAGCCCUACAAGGUGGAGGUGUGCAGACCGGUGAUUCCAAUCAACAAGCCGUACAAGGUGGAGGUGUGCAGCCCGACAAUUCCAAUGAACAAGGCCAACUAGGUGGAGGUGUGCAAGGCAGGGGAUCAUGUGAGCAGUGGGAUAUGGCAGGCGGGGGCUGUGAGCAGUGGGAUAUGCCAGGCGGGGGCUGUGAGCAGUGGGAUAUGGCUUAGAUGUUGUGGUUUAACUCUUUUGUCAAUGGAUGUGAUCUUGUUGUAUUUUCAGUAGAUGCUUUUUUGUGAAAACAAUGACAUACUACUAGUUCACUGCCGUAUCUAUUGCUCAUAAUGGCUUUUUUGUAAUAUGUAUUGGGUAGCAUAUUUGUGUUUAUGGAAACAGUGAUAAACUAGCAGUACA